AUGGCUACCAUACUGAACAGCAAAGGUCUAGAACGUGUUCGUCGCCGACAGAAAGUUCUACGAGACAGAACCAGUGGCGUCGGGCGUGACCGGUCGGUCGCACGUCUCUGCGAGGCGCCCCGGUCUUCGCGCGGACACGGAACCCACGCGCGGGGAGGCCCUUUCCCAGGACGGGCGUUAACAAACAGUGCGGCCGGCGCUGCCAAAGCUCCCAACCACCACAGAAACCGGGAGCCUCCGAGGCGGUGCGUUCGCCUGGAGCGCCCAGAAGGGCAGGCCCGAGCGCACCCGAGCCUCGCGGGCCAGAGGCGCUGGCCUCCGACCUCUCGGGGAGCUAAAGAGCCAACGAGGAAGAGGAACCCAGGAGAGACGCCCGGCACCCGCCGGCGCGGGCUGUCGCCUCCGGGAGUGCCUAGCAGUCGGCGGGGAACGUCGGGACCUGGGACGGCCGGGCCUCGCAGGCGGCGGCGGCGAAGGCGGAGCCCCGACCGCGCCGGAGAAACGCGCAGGGAUCCCCCCCCCCUUUCCCGGCGGCCAGUCAAGAGUAAACAAGGCCUCGACUCCCGCCGCGCACUUACCGGGAGCCGCGACCUCGCGGCCGCAGAGCCCAGGCCGGCCGGACCAGGUCAAGCCGGACCAAACGAGGCUGACGGAGGCGUAGCGGCAGCGGAGGCGGCCGGCGGACGCGGCUCAGGCCCGCGCAGCUUCCUCCGGCAGAGCCGUCCCCCCGCAGCUCCGGAAGUGUUCUGCGCCGCGCGUCACUUCCGGUAGGGGUCGGCCUGCGGUCGCCCUGGAGGCUCCCAAGCUUCUGACGACUGCGUAGUCGGUUGGAAUCGCUUCCUCGCCAUCCUCUAGCGAGAGCCGCUGAGAGGAACUACUGAGCGUUCGCUUUUGAAGGAAUGAUGUAGGCAUUUGUUUCCUGCGUUAUAGCCUACCAGCGUCUUUACUCGAUAGAUAGUUUUAGGUUUUCUUGCGUGUAUUUUGUGUGUGUCGCACGGCUCGCGUGCAGAAGAGGUCAGAGGACAAUUUUCCGGGAGCAGUUUUUCUCCUUCCCCCAUGUGGGUUUCGAGGAUCAAACACUUGUCAGGCUUGGCAGUAAGCGCUUUUUACCCCCUGAGGCAUCAGGCCCUUAGAUGAGAUAUUUUUAGCUUUUUUUUUUUUCCCCCUGACCAGACGUCUCCCCACUUCAGCGUUUAUACUCUGACGAACAGCGUGAGAAGACAUUCUGGCAACACCGGAGUAGGUAAAAAGAUCAUAGUUUCCGGGCAACUAUGGUUUGACAUGAGCCAUACUUGGAAUUUCUACGUACGUUAGGAAGAAGUUCUGGCCCAUGGGCAUCGAUCAGACUUCAGUUUCUCAUGACACUACCCUCGUAGCCACCCACUUCUCCGACUUCCACUCACCUUCACGACCGAUAUAUUUUGUUUGGUGUGGUUAUAUUUAGAAGCAACUCACUAUAUAGCCAAGGUUGGUUUGCCUUGCUAGAUUACCAGACCCAGCGAUUCAUACAUCGUAAGUGUUUCGCUGCACACCCUCUGCCCACAAUAUAGACUGCAUUAGGACUCCAGUCACCCAAGUUUUGGUCACCAAGCCUUAUUGUGGACUGAUAGGAGGCUCACUCAAAUAGCAGCUCCAUCGAGAUGAUAUUACUGGAGUGAAGCCAGAGGCGCUGUGAGGUAAAUCAAUGUUCGUGCAAAUCUGUAGAUAACCUAGUUCUACCUUUUCUGGAGUGUAUGUAUUGGUAUUCAAGACAGCCGGAAAAAUGAGGCAGAAAGAAAAAAAAGACUGUAUAGUAGCCUCUUUUAUGUAAUUCUUGGAAAAAAUAUAACUGAGGAGACUUGGGAGUUGGCUGGGCCAUUAAGAGCUCUUGCUGUUCUCUCCAGAAACCUGAGGUCCUUGCCCACUAUUGAUAAUGUCCUGUAACUCCAGCUCCAGGGGAUCCGAAGCCCUCUUCGAACCUCUUCCGGCACACACAUACUUGUAAACAAAAAAUUAAAAAAAAAAAUUUUUUUUUUUUUGAGAAAAGGUCUCACUAUGUAUCCCUGGAUAACUUGAAGC